AUGGCCACUAGCGCAGGAAACACGGAGCUCGCGACCUUUGCGGCGGGCUGCUUCUGGGGCGUCGAGCACAUUUUCCUUAAGCACUACCCGAUCGAGCAGAACAAGGGCAUACUGAAGACGAAGGUGGGGUACACGGGCGGGUACGACGAUGCGAAGAACCCGGAUUAUAGGCUGGUGUGCACCGGCAAGACGGGGCACGCCGAGGCGCUGAGGAUCGAGUUUGAUCCCAGCAUUUUAUCGUACGCAGAGCUUGUCGAGUUCUUCUACCGCACCCAUGAUCCUACCACGGUAAACUCUCAGGGUAACGAUAUCGGUACCCAAUACCGCUCUGCCAUCUUCUACCACUCGCCCGAGCAAGAAGAGACCGCGAAGCGGGUCACAGCAGAAGUGCAGGCGAAGCACUUCGACACCAAGGGAAAGAAGAUCGUGACCACGAUCGAGCCCGCGAAGGACUGGUUCGACGCGGAGGAUUACCACCAGGAGUACCUGUUCAAGAACCCUAGCGGGUACCAGUGCCCGAACCACCGUCUUUGGUGGUGA